CCAUUUCAACGCGUUAUUAUCGCGCCUCGAAAUAACUUGCAUAGAGGGUGAUUUUUGGGUCAGAUUUGCGGGUCUGGUGGUAAAAUCAUGGCGUUACGGGUGAUCCGUUUGGUCAUCCCCUCGGGGACAUCCGUUUUCAAAGCAGGGACACCUAUUCAGACGGCUGGUAUUCACACAAGCUCAUUAAGGAACCUACGGUAUGGCUGGUGGGCAUAUGCACUGGGCGAGAGGACAACCCCAAGGUUCAAAGAGAACAGCAAGAUCAUCUCCAUUGAUGGCAACCUGGCCUCAGGAAAGGGGGCGCUGGCCAAGAGUCUGGCUGAUAAGCUGGGGAUGCUGUACAUGCCUGAGCCCAACACACACUACUUGGACAAGAUGACAGCGGAGAAGGAGCCUCUGCCAAUCGCCUUCAACGGUAACUGCAGCUUGGAGAAGUUCUAUGCAGACCCCAAGGCUGCUGAUGGGAACUCCUACCGGCUACAGGCAUGGAUGUACCUCAUGAGGCUCCUUCAGUGGUCAGACGCCAUGGAGCACCUGCUCACCACAGGCCAAGGUGUGAUCUUGGAGCGCUCGCCCUACAGUGACAUGGUGUUUGUGGAGGCCAUGUUCAAACAGGGCUACAUCAGAAGGCAGUGUGUAGACCACUACAAUGAAAUCAAAGGUAUCAGCAUCUGUGAGUUCCUGCCCCCUCACUUGGUCAUCUAUGUGGACAAGCCAGCAGAAGAAGUGCAGAAGAAGCUAAAGGCAUCAGGCAAAGAUGUGCCCCUACCCUAUCUGAAGAGCAUUGAGGAUGCCUACAAGAAGACCUACCUUCCCAAAAUCAGUGAGAAUGCAGAAUUGCUCGCUUAUGAUGCUACCCAAGCACAAGACAUGGAGAGGAUUGCAGAAGACAUUGAGUACUUGAAAUUUGAGAAAGGACCUUGGGUAGAGCAGGAUGAUGUCACACUCCACUACAUGAGAAUGCUGGUGGAAAACAAGAUGAGGGUUGCAGACCUGACCCUUGUACCCAACUUCCUCCCUGAGGUCACCAUCGGGGCUCACGAGUAUGACGCAGGCUACUAUGCCUUCAAAUCACUCCUGGGAAAGAAGUACGCUGCAGGUUAUAACGCAGACAUAGGAGACACGAACAUCUGGCUGAAGUGAAUGAGUGGACCUGACUACUCUGGAGCUGAUUGCUGUAGAUGAAUGGUCUUCAUGUACCAAAAAAGAAGUGCAAUUCCCUCCACACUCUCUUUUCACAGGGUGAUUUUAAGAGCCUGGUUGUUUUUAAUUUACCACCAGCUGACUCUUCAGCAUUUCUCACUCACACACCUCCAGCAUUUACACACCUACGCCACUGUAGCUCAGCGAAGAUGGACGACACGGAGCUAUUACACUGACCGAGAGGAACAGAGCAGCAGGCUGUGGCAAUUAGACGCUGGGUAUAGUACCUGGCCGGCUGGUGUCAUCUCCCAAAGUGUUAAUCGAACACA